CAGUUAGAAGCCUGCGCAAAGAUACAGUUAUAACAGGGUAUACUGACAGCCGUCAGAUCUGUCAUUAUUAGUAACACAUAGGCAUUUAACAAUUCGAUAUUCUGGAACGUAUUGCAAAUUGCUGCAUAUUACAGAUUAGGUCGAAGUUCUAUUACCAUAUCGACGAUGAAGCUUCAAAUAUGCUUAUGCUUCUUGCUGCUAACAGUGGCGAAUUGCGAGAAUUUCGUUAAUGUCAACGAUCAUGAAGAUUCUAUUGGCACGUUGACAACAUUGCAACCAAAUCAUAAUGAAACAGAUUCAGGACCAAACGUAGUUACAGAACCCAGCAAAAAUGUUACAACUACUACUCCAACAACCACCACCAGCAUCACCACUACUACUACUAAUAUUAGCACACCAACUACACAUCCUUCAACGACGGUGAUUUCCACAACAGUUACCGAGCAAAUCCCGUCAUCGAGCCCGAUAACAGCAAAUCCUGCGCCUCCAGCACCCACAUCGAAUCCUCACGCCAAAGGUAGGACAUUCGAUGGUCCAAGCUUCAUCGGGGGUAUUAUUUUGGCCAGCGGUCUGACGGCCAUCGGGUUUGUUGCAUUCAAGUUCUACAAGGCUCGCACCGAACGCAACUACCACACGUUGUAAGAAGCAAUAUCUCCAAUUCUAUGAGGGGGGGAAUCUCUUGAGCUCCUUUUCAAUAAUUAGCUUCUUUUUCAUCGAUCUCGAAAAAGUAAGGAGAAAAAAAAAAACUCAAACUAACAGUAAUCUCUUCAUUUAUAUUUCGUGACAUGGUUGAUGUGAUAUAAUUUUUGUUUUAAUCGUUAUGUGAUAUUGUCCUUAUGUUACUCGAAUAUUUGCUUAUGGAGACGAUGGCUGCGGUUUUUUGUUACACUACCAGAAAGAUAAAAUAGUAGCGUACAUCAUAACUGUUUAUUUCGUCUUCUAAUUUUCUUCCUCGUUAUUUGCGGAAUUAUGCGACCUUGCACUCGCGAUAGCGACUAAAAACACGUACGCUUCUUGAAAUAAAUCUUAUUAAUUUUAACUAUUAAGAAUGACACACAUUUAUAUACAUAUAUAUAUU